AUGGAUAUAAAGGUUUAUUACAAUACUAAGUGGCGGUGUCGGUUAUCACUGCAGAGCGCAAAUAGAUGUCUAUGUUUGCGUAUCACUAGUAGAAAUAAUAGUAAUGCGAAAGUCUCCUUAAGUAGUCGUAUUAAGAUAUUCAAUGUUGAAUCUUAUUAUAAUGAUUUUAAAGUUGCAAACAUAAUGAACUGGUAUCCAUCGUGGUUUGUAAUGGUUGAAGUGAUAAAUCUCACGCUAAACGAUAGUCCGUCCAGAAGUAAUAGUAGUAGUAGUGGUAGUAGUAGAAGAGGAAAUAAUAGUGAAUUGAAGUUCCAGUCAUUAGAUUCAGUGUUGCGAAUCCAUGCAAGAAAUUUAGGUAAUAGAGUUGUUCAAGUCGUAGUGACAGUUUUGUUAUUUAACAAUUUCAAGAAAUUUUCAAGGUCUGCAUCUUUGGAAAUCAAAAAAAAAUCAAAUCAAAUCAAAUCAAAUCAAAUCAAAUCAAAUCAAAUCAAAUCAAAUCAAAUCAAAUCAAAUUAA